CCCACAGUUAGAAUCCGCCUCUCGCGGCGAUCACUGCACGAUCACACGAUCAUGACGCGAUCUCCGGUAGCUUGGACCGUCGGCCAAGCCCGCCUCGUUUGGCUCUUCGCAUCCGUCGCAAUCCCGUCCACGUGCCUCGCCCAGUUCGCUUUCUCCCAAGCGGGCGGAGGAGCUGCCUCCCCCGGUGGCCUCACCGUGGUGGCCCAACUGCCGGGACUCGGAGUCAUCAAUGGACUACUCAAUGCCAUGCACCACAAUAAUAACAUUAAGCCUCAGCAGCAAUUUGAAAGGCUGACGCAGGGAUGGCCCGGAGAGGGACCCAACCGGAGAGGAAUGCCCAAGCCAGGAUUCGGACCACCCAACCGGCAGCAAGCUCCUCCUGGCUGGCCUCCAGGCUGGCAGUGGGGAGCUGGUGGCAACCAGAACCAACCUGGAUUUGGCUGGGAUCAGCAAGGAUUUGGACCCGGCUGGAAUGGCGGAGGAGGACAGCGACCGGGCUGGAAUGGUGGCGGAGGAAUGGGACCCAGGCCGAGACCUGGAUGGAAUGGAAACAGAGGAAUGGGUCCGUGGUGGAAUGAAGGCGGAGGAACAGGUCCAGGAUGGAAUGAAGGAGGUGGGAGAGGACCACCACCAAGGCCAGGUUGGAAUGGCGGAGGUCCACCGCCAAGACCAGAUUGGAAUGGCGAAGGACCACCGCCAAGACCAGGAUGGAACGGAGGAGGUGGAAUGGAACCCCCACCAGAAUGGAACAACAACCAACCCUUCCCAGAUCAGCCGGAACCCAACGAUCCCAAUCUAGACACCACUCCCAGAACUCCAGCUGAGCCUUUACCCGAUGUCCAAACAACGAGUCCCAGACCGGCGGAAACAUAUCCCACCAUCCAGCCACGUCCUCCCACGCAGCCCACUAAGGACACUCUGAUCAUUGGCACCAAUCGACCACCGCUGGUGCCGCCCCAGAAUCCGGAUCCGCCCACUUAUCCAACUUGGCCCUCUCCUCAGCCACUGCCAAAUCCCUCAAUCGAGAUCCCCGAAGAGGAUGCCAUAAUAUUCCCCAGUUCCAGCAGAUAUGUCCACCUACCCAACGAGGAGGUCCCUGUGCAAGAUUUCGAUGUGAGACGGAGAUGAUUCUUGGGGAGGGAUUCCCCGAGCCACACUUGUUGUAUAUUCUUAGCCCAUUGUGCAAUUACCCCACUCAAGAUCGUCUUUGUGACGACGACCCCAAAACUGGUUUUGAAAGCUCGUUAAAAAAAUCCACAUUUUAAUAAAUUACACAUAAACAAAA